AUGGGGCCGCGACCGAAUAUUGCGCUAAACGCAGCGCAGUAUCUUGCCGCGUAUGUGAAAUCGAUGCCAGAUCUGUUGGACGAAAGCCUCCGUCUGAGCUCUCGUCUGAGCUCAGACCCAUGGACUUUGACGCCGAUGAUACCAACAGCAGCGUUGCUGAGCGCGUGGCCUGGCGAGCCUUUCGAGAUUGGUCAGAACGACAAUGCUCAUGACGCUGCAUUAGGAGACUCAGCUCGUCAGCUUCAGUCGUUGAGAGAGAAAAGCUUUGCUGAAGUACUCAACAGAGCCUGGAAAAGUGAUCCGAAUGACCUCUCGUGGCUAAAUGAAGCACGAUUGCUACCGGACCUUCACGAGCGCAUCAUAAAAGCGUUGCAUGACAAACCUGGCCUAAUUUUUGAGUCCUCUGGUAUGGUGCUAUUUGCACUCGCCACACGCGGCCAUAACGAGACCGAUCUCACCUAUUUCCAUGGACUGACAAGCCAGAUGCUCGAGAACUUGCUGAAGCAAAUCGACCAAGACCGCCCCAGACAGCUGCACCUUACUCUGCCGUGCAUGAGGGAUCUGACCACGGAACAUAUCGUUGGUCUCAUACAACGACAUCGAAUCGACAGCCUCCAUCUUGGAUACACGAAGAGCAUCUCGGGGGAAGAGGCGUAUGCUGUGGCAAUGAGCCAACCAGCUCUAACAUUGACCCACCCGAGCUUCUUUCGAGAAGCCGUGGAUGCGGAGAACAUGUUUAACAACUCGGAGGAGCUCAAUCCGCUACUGGAAUUCAAGCCACGCGCUCGAAGCCCGCUGGUACAGAUUCUCUACGCACACUCGGGUUUUGGCACCAAGAUCACCCAUCUGCAGGAUGGCGGCGUGGUCUGGUCGGAGGCGAUCAGGGAGGUCUCACCCUAUGACGAUAACAAAGGUGGCGCACGGAUUCUACCACUACCCCUUGCAGACGCCGUGCUGCCAUUAGCGGAACUCAUUGCGAUCUUGCCUGGCGCAUUGCACAAAAUUUUGAACGAUGUAAAGAUUAAUUUUUCAUCGCCUAUGGUCUACGCACCGAGGGUAGCAGGUGUAGCAAAGGCUCUGACGGUUGAUCCGCUGCAGCAUUGCAUUGAACCGCUCGCCAAGGCAAAAGCCAUCGAGAUGGGCUCGUGGUCUCUUCUAAUAUGCGUGGGAACCUCGGCGCAAGGCUUCAAGAACAUUUUGGACAAUGAUCCUAAGGAUCCUUUCGGCCCCAAACCAGUGGGAGAUUUUAAAAGAGGCAUAGGCAACAAAUUCCGGUACGCAUUCGUUACGAAAGACACUAAAGAAGAGGUGGUCGCGGUUGAUGCUUUGGAGUUCCUGCGUCAGGUCCACACUCGACAGAUACCAGAAGACUACGACAGCUUGGCCUAUGACUUCGUCAAAGAUCUUUUCAACAUGGUCCCCGGGAAGCCAGCUGCGACUCUUUGUUGUCAGGCGGAGGCUGCGGAAGUCGUUAAAGCGGCUGAGAUUUACAAUGGGCAUAUCGAUGCUUGGGAAAAGGAAAUGGCCCGAAUGAUCAGGAAUGGAGGUCGACAGCUCCACUCCGUCUGCUUCCAAUAUCGCCAACGUAUGGAGCAUCCAGCAAACGAGCCUCAAAAUGAGCCUCGCAUGCUCUUCCUACGAUCCAUCCACCAAGCAAAAGCAACCGGCAAAACUUUCUGCGUUCCGAAUUGGUUCGAGUUCUUCGUCCUCGACAAAACCAAAGACCAGCUCGCCAUCGCUCUAUCCACAGCAAUCCGAGAAGUCACUGAUCUAGCAAAGAAAGUGCCCUCAGCAGCGCGAGUGACGAUUUUUUGGGAACAGCUCUCGGGACCUUUCCUGCUUGAUCAACACCUCUUCGAACUCGCGGCAGAAUACAUAUGCAUCUUACUGUCUCUAGCCUGUGUCACAGUCAUUCGUUUGAGACAGAAGAUCCAUCUCAGCGCCAAAGCUCACGAUCAAGCACGCUACGAAGCGAAAAGAUCCACUCCAGAUAUCUACGCCGACGUAGCGGACAGUCCACUUGAACAUUGCGUUCGCCGAUUCAUCGAUACCAUCGAACAAGGCAGCGGAAUCGUAACUCUAGGCCCACCAACUUGGAGAGACAUCGCCAUCCUCUCCGGAACCUACAUAAACCUCACCACCCUCCACUCCGGCGUAAGCGCCCAAUCCCUGCAAAGCCUCUGGACAACCGAAAACCUCCUCCGCCAAAAAUUCCAAGACGAACCCGAUGAACUCCUCGCGCCGAAAACUUCUCACGCGUCCCACCUGUCGAGAUUCUAUAGUAUGCGAUGGAAACCUUUAGUAGAUGGCGGGGCUGUGGAUUACAGACACGUCGCAACGACGAGGAUCGGGAAACGAAGUGUGAGGUCGACGUGGCAGUUGAUUCAUGCGGCGUGUGCGGAUUUGGAGGAUUUGGGGUCUUGGUUGAGGGUUCAGAAUGGUGGGGAUACGUUUACUGCUGCUGCUGCUGCUAAGGGACGGGGGGGAGGGUGGGAUUUUGGAGAGGAACGGCUGCUGCUGCAUAAGCAAAGUCGGAUUCAUAAAUUGCAGAAGGAGAGGGAGAGGGAGAAGGAGAAGGAGAAAGGAGGGUUUCUGGGGGGUGCGGUUUCGACGGUUGCGGGAAUGAAGAGUAAGGCUGCGGCUGCGGGUGGGAGGUUGAGAUUUGGACCUUUUAAGAUUAAGUCUGUGGCUGAGAUGGUGUGA